AUGUUAGCAGUCAUUGAUGAUGCCGAAUACGAUGUCGGCGAAACGUUUGAGAAUGUACCAAGUCCACCAAUAUCUGAUGCUGGGAAUGAUGACAACUACUAUGACAGACGACUUCGGACUAUGUGCGUUCUACUAAGUCGCCCUGACAACAAGACCAAGGUUACUCGCUCUGACGAUAUCCCUCCGAUGACAAACGAAUGUUCAACACGGACUCAUUGGGUUGCGAGACGGUACAGAAACACCUCCAAGGCAAUCCUUCUUCUUCUUCUUCUUCUUUUUAUUCUUUUUCUUCCGGUGAGGCCAAUUCACGAAUUCCUUGCAUGCGCCACUUCAAGCGAAGUUAAAGGUAGCCAACAUCUACCUAUUAAAAAAGUCUUGAAAUCCCCGCUUCUCUGCACAAAGUGUGAUCAGCUUGUAUCCGCGUUGACGUCCAGUAAGCGCAUUGUAUUCAGUAUAAAGGCUGAAAUUAAGUAG